UCUUUUUUGCAACACAACGGGAGAAAUUGUGUUGAUUUUACUCACUCAAGAGAUGCGCUCGAAAAUGAAAAUUUUAUUGUUGUUGACGGUGGUAUUCGCUUUUUUGGAGCUGCGCGUGAAAUGCGCAAAGGCGCUCUCCAUGUUUACACCAUCUGGAUACAUCGGAUGUUUCUUCAGCUAUCCUGGGUUUCUAAAUUCGAUCCAUUACAAACGCCUAUCUGCUUCGUUUAACAACACCGGAACUGAGUGCAAGGACCGUUGUAAGGCUGAAGGUUUCAGAUACGCAGGAACUGUGGCAAGUAUCAACUGUUUCUGUGGAAAUGGGAUACAUUCACUAAAACCGGCUACCAAUUGCAACGAAACAUGUCCCGGAAACUUAAAAGAGUACUGCGGAGGAAGCUGGGAUAUGUCUUUGUAUAGACUAUGGCAAUCAGCUGCUAAUAAGUGGGUAACAUCGGGGGCCGGUAGACCUGUUUACUUUAUCCGGAAUGCCAAGAUGGAUCAUGGCAGCUGCAAUGCAUUCUGCAACCUUCUCACACCAAAGUCUCAAGUUGCUGUGUUAGAUAAAGAUGCUGAACUUUGGCUAGAGAACAACAAACUGACCGAAGCUUCUGAAAACUACUGGAUUAACAAGACGGGUCAGCUUCAAAAUGAGUGUUACUACAUAACUGGAGCAAACAAACAGCGAGAAACCCAUUGUCAUGGAUAUCAGCGGUCUUGUAGAGAAGCCACGUUCACGUCACGUGUUCGAAAAGCUUCGUCUUGUUCUUUGAAGUACCGAUGCAUAUGUCAAAGGCGUGUCUAAAGGACCCGGAAAAAGAUGUGGUUUUCGGAGCUUAUGAAGUUAACGGAUGUUUUUGGCUUACAUGAAGCAUUCCAAAUAACAUUAUACAUUUAGUUGGUAUAAGUGUGUGCUAUUACUUCAACACUCUAUCUGGAUAGUUUUUCAUCUCUUAUGACAUGCCAAUGAAGCUUAGGCAUGAUUUGUUUUAUUGUUAAAAACUUUUCUUAUGUAAUCGAUCUGAUUGAAACAUCUGAGGUCUUGUUGUGUCAAUAAGCAAUAUGCUAGUGUUCUAAACAUGAGAGGUUGUAUAAAAUAAUUUGAUGAUUAUUUAUGAAAAAAAUACACCGUUAAAUUGUUAGAAAAUUUUCUUUAUUCGGUUUUAAUAAAAUGAUUUGUCUGUCUAUAAACAGUUUUCUACAUUAAAAUGAUACACUUUUCGUGGCAACUGCAGAAACAAAACUAAGGGAUUUUGACCAAACAAACACAGAUUUUGAAAGUUUAAAUAUAU